CAGCUGAUCUGUAAGUUCUAUAACCUUAAAUGUUUAUGUUUAUAGUUUGAUUUAUUCGAUUUAAUGCAAAAAAAUGGAAAGAAUAGCGAAGUUUGCCAAAACAAUACGAAACAAUUGGAAGAAAUCAGUCCUUGGUGCAGUCGCUAUAUACUACGCUAGUGCGACUGCAAAAGAAAAAUAUGAAAUUAAUAUACUUAUGCGAGCAGCAUGUAAAGAGGCUGCAAUUUACGGCGAAGCUCUCCUGCCCAUCGAAAGAAACCCCACAGUCAUAACAGUUAUUCUCAACCCUGUAGCCAACAAGAGGAAAGCAAAACAAGAAUUUGAGAAAUAUUGUGAACCAUUGCUAUUAUUAGGUGGUUUACAGGUAGAUGUUGUGCAAACAGCUUCAGAAGGAAACGCGAAAGAAAUUGUAGAAACAUUAAGGGGUACUGAAGCUAUUAUCGUUGCAGGAGGAGAUGGUACUUUGUCUGAGACUGUGACUGGAUUGUUAAGACGAAAUGAUCAAGCAAACAUGUUUCCAGUAGGAGUAUUGCCACUUGGACGCACAAACUCAAUCGGUAACACUUUAUUUCCAAACGGUAAGGGUGUACAAAAAGUUAAGCAGUUGAUCACCGCCUCAAUGGCAAUCAUCAAAGGAAACACAGUAUGGAAAGAUGCCAUGAAAAUAGAACAAGUUACUGACGAGUCUGAAACUCCUAAUCGUCCGAUUUACGCUAUGGCAUCAAUGGAGUGGGGAGCUUUUAGAGACACCCUAGCAAAGAAGGAUAAGUACUGGUUCUAUGGUCCUUUAAGAGAGUAUGCUGCCUACAUCUUCAAUGGUUACAAGAGUUCAUUAAACUGGAAUUGCAGCGGUACCAUCAAAUAUACUCCUCCGUGUGUCGGGUGUGCCAACUGUACAGCUAAAAGGCCGGAAGUAAAACGAAAAUGGUUCUUUGUUUCGUCCACGGAAGCGGCUGGGCAACUUGACCAAACGAAGAUUCUAAAUCCAGAGUGCCUGACAUCGAAAGAACUGUGCUUUCGAACUUGCGAUUUCAAAAUUAAAACACAGAAUGUUGCAAUGAACCAUCAGAUACCAGCCUUGAGUAUAUUUCUGGGCAGAAACAGUUACUCAUACACCGACUUUGUGUCUGAAGGUUGGCGCAGAAUAAAGACAAACUCGGAUCCAGAACCAAUUUUUGCACGUACCAUCGAGAUCACACCUAAAGAAACGGAUAGAGAUACAGUUAUAGAAAUCGACAAGGAGGAUUUUGAUAUGAAACCAAUUAAAAUAACGUUAAUGCCAAAAGUUAUUAAAUUGUUCUGUCAAUAAAUAAUUGUUAAAUGUUCA